GCAGGAUGACAGCUGGCUUCAUGGGCAUGGCUGUGGCCAUCAUCCUCUUUGGGUGGAUUAUCGGGGUGCUGGGGUGCUGUUGGGAUCGAGGCCUUAUGCAGUAUGUGGCGGGGCUUCUCUUCCUCAUGGGAGGAACCUUCUGCAUCAUUUCACUGUGCACGUGCGUGGCUGGAAUCAACUUCGAGCUCUCCCGCUACCCCCGCUACCUGUACGGACUUCCCGACGACAUCAGCCAUGGCUAUGGCUGGUCCAUGUUCUGUGCGUGGGGGGGCCUGGGCCUCACUCUUAUCUCGGGCUUCUUCUGCACUCUGGCCCCUUCUGUCCAACCUGUCCCCAGGACCAACUGCCCCAAAUCUAGACCUGAGAAUGGGACAGUGUGCUAAAAAAAAUAGCAAACAAAUACACACACACAUACAUAUAUAUAUAUAUGUCUAUGUAUACUCAUACAUGCAUAUAUAUGUAUAUAUAGUUAUAUAUAUAUAAUCUCAAAUUAAUGCCAGUGCCAAGGUAGAGCUGAGUCCAACACGGCACUCACAUCUCCACCGAACUCUGUGUUGCUUUGUGCUUUCUCACAGCGAUGAGAAAGCUUUUCUCUCACGUGGCUCUUCCAUCCAAUUCUUGACUUCAGCAUCAUACCUUAGAGGUCAAAUGAACAUACAGUUGCACCUACCUACUGCCAUUUGGGAAGGGGAAGAGGGGGUCCAUGUGGGGGAUCCGGAACCACAAUCUGUACAGGACAUGGAGGGUGGGGGAUCACAAAAAGCCUGUCCGCCGCAGCCAGAAGGGAAAAUGCAAACAGCAAGCAAAGGAACAAAUCAAGCAUUUGAGCCACCUCUACAAUGUACCCCCUCAAGGCCAUUACCAGAAACCUACCCACUUACUUUUUCUUUCUUAAAAAAAAAAUA